CGCUGAGGGUAUGGACGUUUCGAACGUUUUAUACCACCCUUUUUUUAAUUAACAGAUUAUGUACCAGGACUAUAACAACAAUUCAAAUAUGUGAAUCAACGGGAGUAUAUGUAUUAACCCGGUUUAUGAUGGCGGGAAAGCAUAUUGAUGAUGAUAGUUAUGUGGUACGAGUACGAGCACUGGUGAUGGUAAGGGACGAGUCUACUGGUGGAUGGACACCUUUAGCAGGUGGCCCACUAAGUAUAGUCGGUGUGUGUAAAAUACAGCCUGAAGAUGUCAACAAGAAGAAUGAAUAUGUCAUAUACGGUACUAUGGUAGAGAAUCAAUCUGUGGUAUUGGAGUGUGUGUUACGAAAAGAUGCAACUUACACAAGAGUGAAUCCUACUUUUCACCAUUGGAAAACAGAUGAAAAAAGGUUUGGACUCACAUUUCAAAGUACCGCGGAUGCCAGGGCUUUUGAUAGAGGGGUGAAGCGAGCCAUUGAAGAUCUUCUGGAUGGCUCUUCUGAUUCCUCUAUGAAUCAAGGCACUGAUGCGGAGUUAGGUGAUGAUGAUGUUUUUGUUUCUUCUUUUGAUUCAAUGACAGAAGCUCACGGACCUUCUGCAGGCCAAGUCCCUCAGGAAUGCGACGUCAGAGACCCCCUCCUUGUUGGAUUUAACUUCAAUCACCCACAUGCAAACCAUCAUCAUCUUCAUCGUGUACACUAUGUGUCAAGGAACAAUAAUAAGGGUACGAACGGAAAGGCUGACGAAAAAAAGCACCAACAACUACAGCAACACCAACAACCACAGACAUUACAGGAAGCUGUGUGGGUGAAGCAUGCCAAUUUGGAAUUAAGUGGUAACGAGCCAGUGGAUGUGGAAUCUGAUUCUUAUGUACAGUUUCAAAAAAAUGCACCAAGCAUACAUGAAUAUAGCUACCCUAGUAUUGACUCAAUUAGGCCUGAUCCUUGGAAAGAGGAGGAACUGAAGAAAACUGUGGUAGUCUCCUCACAACCCCCACCGCUAUUAGAUAAGAGAAAUAAGAAGACAGACUAUGGAUUCACGCAUCGUGCAAGAUGUAUCUAUUGUCAUGAAAUUUUUAAUCCAGAUGACAAUAGAUGUGGUAAUUGCCCUGAUGCACCCGAUGAAAUGCAACAGUGUAUAAACAAAGUGAGCUGUGUUAACUGUGCGUCUUGCAUGCUUUAUUACUGCAUGUCAGAUGCAGAUGGGGACUAUGGCGAUACUUGCUCUUGUGAUGCGAGUGAUGAACGAUUCUUCAGACGAUGGGCAGGUUUGACAGCCUUGUCAUUUUUAGUUCCUUGUCUGUGGUGCUACUUCCCAUUACGGGCUUGUCACAAGUGUGGCGGGGCAUGCGGUUGCUGUGGUGGAAGCCAUAAAGCUGUCUGAUGGUUAUAUACCUGACACAACUGCUGGUGUGUAGCAUACAAUUUGUCAUUUACCCACAACAGGGUAUCUUCUCUACCUGAUGUUGUUAACUUAAAAAGAAGAAGGAACUAAGGAUCUAGUGUCAAUGAUGGUGAAAGACAUUGAAUGUGGUUGUUGUAGUUUAACUGCAAUGCUGAUUGAUGCGCUUAAUAAAAGUCUAUAACCUGA